CUUUCUCCGCCGCCACCGAAACACCAACAUAGGAUUUGUGGGUGAUUCGCUGAACAGGAAUAUGUUUGUCUCGCUGGUUUGCAUGCUGACAGGAGCAAGCGGUGAAGUGAAGAAGUGGCGUCCGGCGGGAGCUGACCGAGGGUUCACCUUCCUUCGGUACAACCUUACUGUGGCGUAUCAUCGCACCAAUCUCUUGGUACGAUAUGGUAGGUGGUCGGCCAGUCCUAAUGGAGGUUCAUUAGAAUCUCUUGGAUAUAAGCAAGGUUAUAGAGUGGACGUCGAUGUUCCCGAACAUACAUGGGCUGAGGCAGUUCGCUUCCACCAUAUUCUUAUAUUCAAUACAGGACACUGGUGGUGGGCACCUUCGAAAUUUGAUCCAGUUCAAUCACCGAUGCUCUUUUUUGAGAAUGGAGUGCCAGUGAUACCUCCUAUACCUCCACCACUUGGCAUGGAUAAGGCUCUAAAGUUCAUGAUAUCAUAUGUGGAGAAAGCAGCAAGUACUAAUACGAUCAAGUUCUUUCGCACGCAAUCUCCUAGGCAUUUUGAAAAUGGUGAUUGGAACAAAGGUGGUUCUUGUCCACGUGUUGAACCUCUAUCGCCGGAUAAGGCAGAGGAGCUCUUCUCUUUGGAGAACAACGGGACAAACGUGGAGGCACGCCUAGUGAACCAGCACCUGUUUAAGGCCCUCGAAGGAACGAGUUUCCAUGUAUUGAACAUCACUCGCAUGAGCGAAUUCAGAGCAGAUGCCCAUCCUUCGACAACGGGCGGGAAGAAGCAUGUGGAUUGCAUGCAUUGGUGCUUGCCGGGAUUGACUGACACAUGGAAUGAUUUAUUCGCAGCACUUCUUGAUAGUCUUUGAAGCUUAAUCUUAGUUAUUCUCCGAUUCUUUGGUUCUUUCUGACAGCGCUCUCGUGGUUCUCACCUUCUUCAUGGCGAUAUGCUGAACAAGUUGCGGCCGUAUUCAACCGUGUUGCUUUAUUCAGCUACUGCUAUUGAUGCACGCCGCGAACUUUGCUGGCGGGAUAUCGCUGUUUGCUGUCGAGAUAACUCAGCAAGAGGAAUGAAUAUCUCUGCUAAAUUUGUUUCAUUUGGAGAAAAUGAAGAACAAUGUAAUUGUCACUCCCUAUGAGCAGCUCGGUGCAUGCCCUGCUUGUUUGAUGAGCGACAUUCACAAAUCAUAAAUCAUGUACUUACUAGACUCCAUGUGCAAUAUUUUGUUGCUUUUAUGAAUUGAAAAUAAUCUUUCGAGCUGUA